CGGAACAGGACAGACUGCGUGAAGCUCGCUCUUUUUGCGGGAUCUAUGUCCCGUUGAGCGCUGGAACUUAUGUACUGUGCACCCGACACGACCACCCACCCCUCUCCGCUGUCCCAGAGGGUGACGGAAUAGCUUGGGUGGGGUGGAGGAGAGGGGAAAUUCACCCACCCCAACGCUUCAUAUUCGCCAUGCCCGUGAUACCUGCCUACACCCUUAUUAUUAUUCCUCUGCAGAGCAAAGCGGAUGCCAGAAACUUCUACUUGUGGCUGAAGCAGAUGAAGGAACUCGAGCAGCAGCGCGACGUGCUCUGGUAUGGGUUGGAGAUGGUGGAGAGGGCACGGGACUGGUACCAUCAGGAGAUUCGCAGCGUGUGCCACAGGCAGGACCACAGCGGGUGUUCGGGAGAUGAGGAAUACAUGCUUAAGUAUUUCCCAGACCGUGGCAGCUGCCUUCUGGACAAAAUCCAACAUGCCAACGUCUGCCUCCGCAGCUUCAUUUCCUGUGCAGAACUGGUGUUGCAGCCCCCCGAAUCCACUGAGAUCUCCUGCAGUCAGCGCCCACGGAGGAGGGAGAGUGACCGAUCCCACCAACGGACUGUGGCCUUACUGAAGCAGCAGAACCAGCUGCUGACCAAGGAAGUGUCAAGGAAAAGACAGUGGAUCGCACAGCUGGAGAAGGAGAACUCAACGCUGAUCAGACGGCUGCUGGAUGCCCACUUCCAGUACUAGGCCCAGCCAGCACGUGCUGGAAGUCUGGAAUAAAGUGGAAAAUGUGGUGGCACCAUCGAGGGGAGCGGGUACUCUGGGACAGUUGGGUGGUGAUUGGUGUGUCAAUUGUUGCUGAGGCAUUUUUCGCUAUACGUUGGCCAAUGGUGAUGACUUUAGGAGCCCGCCCAUUGACUGUGGCUGACCAAUGGACCUCAUUCAUAAAACCAUGGGGUGGAACUUCAUGUUGUCACAAUUUCAGGGUGCAAAACCUCAGUUGAAAUGUGAUCAUAUAUCAAUAGGCAUUUAUCGAACAGUUACAAGAACUCCAAGUAGCCCAGGGUGGCUCCUCCCCUUCUACAGUACAUUACAGCCUCGCAUGUGGACAGAUGGAUGGAUAGAGUCAUAGAACAAUACAGCAAAGAUACCAUCUAGUCCAUGGUCCAACUAGUCCAUGGGUCAACCAGUCCAUGCCAGCCAUGGUGCCCACCCAGCUAGUUCCAAUUUCCUGCUUUUGGCUCAUUAUCCCUGUAAGACCUGUCCCUCCAUGUCCUGUCCAAUAACUUGUUAAAUGAUACCAUUGCACCUGCUCAACCUCUUCCUUUGGCAGCUCCUUCCAUAUCUGACCAUCCUCCCUGGGUGGAAAAAGUUUUCUUGUCAGGUCUCUUUUCAAUCUUUCCCCUUUCGCCCCUGAGAAAUAGAAUUCUAUUGUACACCGUUCUUUUACAUUCUGAACCAUUUCAAUGUAUUUCUUUGUUUUUGUGUAAAUGUCUGUAAGAACAUGAAUCUCAAAGUAGUGUCUGGUAACAUUUCUGUAUUAAGAUAAUAAACUUACUUUGACCACAUUCA